CCUUCAUAGCUCGAUACCAAUCAUUACCUUGGGCGAGGAGAAUCAAGAUCGCGUUAGUUGUACAAAUGAAUAUUUGAUGUUUCAUAUAUUUGGUGUGCAGGAAUUGAAUGCUAAGCUAUCUAACUACUGUUACGGUACAGAUGAUCCUACCGGUGAAAUGACUUCCAUACCAACUCGUCAAAUAUUCGUUUCACCUGGCUAUACUCCACCUGAAUAUAUAUCGAAAGGUCGCCUGACUACUAAAUCGAAUGCAUACACCUUUGGAGUUGUUUUACUGGAAUUGCUAUCUGGCACUGUCGUAUCAAACUUGAACUUGGAACAAUCCUACUUUAAUAAUAAGUCGAAAUUACUGCAGAUUAUGGACAUCCGAUUAGAGGGUCAGUACUCUCGUGUCGUGAAGCUUGCAUUGAAGUGCCAAAACCUGGACCCAAAAUCGAGACCAAGAAUGAGUGAUGUUGUGGUUGCACUAGAGCAGUUGCAACUUGCAAGGCCAUGAACCUAUGUAAUGACCAGGAGCCCAGACGGUUUAUGGCUUAGUACACGGUUGCAGAGCUAGCUCGCCAUUCCAUGAGCAUAGGACCAAAAUGAACAACCCUUGAUGGAUCGCGUAAACUAUGUUGCCAAGAUAUACAAAAGUUUGGGCUUGAAGAUAGAGAGUAGAAGAAUUAUGACCGAUCUUUUUGAAGACUAGAUGAAAGUCUCUUGUUGAGGCUCUGAAAUUAUGUUGUUGAUUAUAGUGUUUAGACAUGGUUUCCAUAGGAUUAUACUAAAAUAACAAUUUACCACA